AUGUCAAUCUUCCCGGACUUUAACAUCCCCCUCUCUAACUUCAAGGGCCAUCACCAGAAAGCUCUCACCAAAUUUGGUCAUCUCGCUCCACAAAUAGACAUGGUCCUCGAAGUUAGAGACUCCAGAGCCCCCAUAGCAACUACAAACGUUCUCUUCGAUCGAGUUCUUGCCAACAAACCAAAGCUUAUUCUCUACAGUAAGAAAGACUUGUCGAUACUCAAGAAAGAAAUGCUCGAUAGAUGGCAUAAGGCUACCAAUGAACAGUAUUUGUUCGUAGAUUGUAGGAACAAACGUGAUGCCAAUCAAAUCAUCGACAUGUUGAGGAUAAAAUACGAAGCUAUGCAUCCCAAACCUCCCUUGGGUUUAAGACUCAUGAUCAUUGGUAUGCCUAACGUGGGGAAAUCAUCGCUCGUAAAUACAUUGCGGACUGUGGGCUACACAAGCAAGUUACCGGAUAUGGUAUCAAGUAAAAAGGUAAAGAAGGUGGCCAGAACAGGUGGUCAACCCGGUGUCACUCGAGCCACUAGUGAAAUCAUUCGUUUGAGUGAAGAUCCAGAUAUCUUGGUCUAUGAUACUCCAGGUGUAUUCUUACCAACUGUUAAAGAUACUCAAACCAUGUUGGCCUUGGGGUUAGUAGGGUGUGUUCAUACCAGUUUUAUUGAUCCGGUGAUUCAAGCAGAUUACUUACUCUUCCUAUUGAACUUACAAGACCCUUCUGGAGCCAAGUAUAGCCAAUAUCUUGACCAUCCAACCAAUAAUAUCAAUGAACUCUUAUACCAUAUAGCCAAGUCACGUGGCACCUUGAAACCAAAUGGGACCUAUGAUGAAAUCGGAAUAGCCAACCAUUGGAUCCUGCUUUGGAAGCAGGCUAAAGGUCCACAGUACAAGGGACUCUUUGAGAUUCAAACAAUUGUGGAGACAAACGGUAAGGAGCUUCAGCAGUUGUUUCUUCAGGAACGAGAAAGACUAAAGGCUUCAACCAUUGGCGAGAAAAUCACCGAUAAGUUGGGCGAAGAUGGCACUGGAAGAUCCAAGCAUAGAAAGAGAUCUGCUAAAGAUAGAGAAAUGGAUAAUAAGAAUGUCUUAUUCAAAUUGUGA